UAGUGCAAGUGUUAAAAGAAAGAAUAUUUACAAACAAAUCAAAAAAUGCAUACUCAAAGUACAUUUUCAAUAGCGCUUACUUUGAUUUCUUUAUUGAUAGCUGGACAAGUUUUAGUUCGUGGAGAAGAAAAUGUAGAAGAAACGGAAAUCAAGCCACUCACGUUUGAAAAUGAUAUCUGUUCCCUUUAUGAUAACUCUAAAUUAAUUGAUUCUAUGCUUUUUGAAAGAAAGUACAAACCGUUGGUAGUAAUAAUAGCAGAAAAAUUUAUUGACGGUAUAAAUAGAGUUAGAAAUUCGAGUGAAAGCAAAAGAAUAUUAAAUGAUUUUUGGAUCAAGAACAACCCUUAUUACAGUCAGUUACAUGAAGCAUUGAAAAAUAUCCAUCUAUACCAAGCCAACGAUACCUAUUAUUUCGUUUAUCCAGUAGACUUUCAAGACCAUUUUUUGACCGUAUAUUCCCAAAGGAAGCUGUUAGAUAACAAUUUAGGCAUCACCUUUGAUUUUGUUAAUGUAAAGAAAGAGUCUCCUUUCUAUGAAGAUAUUUUAAUUCCAUUGGAACCAAGAUGUACCAAUUGUCCUCUUGCGAGAUAUAUAGGCGAAAAGCUACAAAAAGGUGAAAGCUUCUCGGAAUUAUUCGAGUUACGUAAUCAAUUAUUUAGAGAAAAAGAAGGAAAAAACUUUUCCUCUACAACAGUCAACGAUUAUGAUAUUUGUGAUUCGAUUGGGUUUAACAUAAAUUCUCAAAGCAUGACUUCUUUAUUGCACUUUAACUCAAGAUUAAAACAAAUUCAAAACAAUAACGUGAGUGUAGAAAGAAGUAAAAAAAGAAGUACUGUAGAAAAAAACUUAAUUUGCUUUCAGUCUAGAAAUCUGGAUGUGAUGAAUUUUGAGAUUAAUGAACAUUAUUUAAUCGGUCUUAUUAUUGCAAAUGAUUAUUUAAAUUUGAUCAAUAACACUGUAUCUUCAUUGAAAAGCAAUGAUAGUUCAUUUGGCAAUCUUUGUGAAAAUAAACACAAAAUAAGAAUACUUAAUUUAUUUUGUUUCAUGACAGAAAUAUCAGAUGUUACAUCUCACAACAUACCAGCGUGGACAGAUGCUCUAAAAAAAAUUGUUACCAAACCAUUAAGUAGCAUAUUAGAAUUGUUUAACAGUUUAAUAGAUUUGUAUAAAAAUGAAUAUACUAUAAGCGAAAAUGAAAUUUUCUUCACGCUCGAUUAUCUUAAACGGGAAAUGCUAAAUGCAACUGAAAAUUUGAGAUAUGUAAUGACUGCUGUCUAUGCCCUUGUUGAUAAUUCUUUGAGAGUAAAUAAUCAUUUCGAUUAUAACAUUGAGUACACUUCAAUCUGCACUAUUUACAAUCACUGGGAAAUCAUUGAUGCUCUACUCUUUGAGGUGAAAUUCAAGAGAUUAGUGAUAAUCGUGACAGAGAGUAUGAGAGAAGGAAUUAGAACUGUUAAUCAAAUAAGAGCUAGGAGACUAGUGCCAAAAGUAAGACGAGAAGAUCUUCAUUAUUCUGAACAGUUUUUGUACGAUUUCAUAAUAAAACAUAUUUAUUUGGUUCAAUCCAAUGAUACUCAUUAUUAUGUCUAUCCAACGAUCGACGACAGAAAUAACAACUCAUUAAUUGUCUACUUUGAAUACAAGAUGAUUAGUGAUUAUUCUAAGGUUGUAUUUUAUUUCGUAAACUUUAAGCGUUAUUUUUCUCUUGACGCACAAGCUCGUCCUUAUAAUUCUUUGGUUAUUUCUGCACUGCCAGAUAAUUGUGACAUAUCUUCAGGAAAAUGUAAGACACACUUUAUAAAUCCCAGUUAUUUAAUAGAACUACAUCAAAAUUUUGAAAAUCACUUUCCACAAUAUUCUCCUCUGUAUGUAUCUUUGUACAAUAAAUUGACAGAAUUUAUAAACAGUCACGUUUCAUAUCCAAAUAACAGUGAUUACAUUAAAUACUCUAAGGAAUUUUAUAAAUUUUUGAAACAACAACAAAUUUUUUAUAACGCAUUCUAUUUAUUUAGAGGCAUGCCGUGCAUAUCUUCGAGGAAAUUAAAUAAUAGAAUCGAUUUGGAUUUUAGUAUCACUGAAUUUAACGAUGUUUUUUACUUUUAUGAAUUACAAGCUUAUGCUCAUGAAAACAUAAUCUCAAUAAAUUACAAAGAUAAUACUAAUUUAUAUCCUCUUUGUAGUAAUAAGCAUUUUUAUAAAUUUUUAAAAUUCUUUUGCUUUUUAAAAAUAAAUUAUAUUGAAGAUAUGCUAAAAGUUAUUGCUGAGAAAUUUGAUGUAUUUAGCUACAUGAAAAGUAUUGUUGAAAAUGAGAAAAAUGAUAUUACUGAAUAUUUGAUAAAAACGAAGGGAUGGAUAGAGAAAUUAUUCUUAAUGAGGUAUAUUGAUUAUAAGUAUAAUGAAUCUCGAAUGUUUAAAGAAUCAGAUGCUCUUUACUCUCAAAUACCAAAAAUUACCUUAAAUGGUGCUGAUUUGUCUAACAAAAUUUAUUCGAUUGUUAAAAACAAUACAAUUUUUCUGCAAUGUGAAAAAUUAGGAUUUGUCGCUACCAAUGAAACCGCUUCAAAUGGUGAUAAUUCGUCAACAGAAAACUAUUUAAUAUUAAGUGAAAGUAAAACGUCUACUCAAUUUCAAGAAACAGUUAUUAACAAAAAGGAAGAAAUAUCCCCGUGUCUUGAACCUCCCGAUUCGAAAUUUUGACCCUACUUAGCCUCUGAAAAUGUAGGGCUUAUUUAGGUUUAGCAGUCGUAAAGUAGGGUCUGAUUUCAAUAAAAAUUUUUUAAAUUAGACCUUCCUUUGACUCCCAAAACAGGCUGAAAUUUAAAGUAGGGUUUAAAUUUCGACUCGGGCUAGUUACAUGUAAGCUUGCAGGAAACAUGCAUUGUAAAUUUGCUGCAUAUUGGCAGAAUGUUCUCACAACUCCAUAGAAUGUAUAGUAUAAUAAUAAAAAAUAAUACUUUUAUUACA